AUCUCGAUUCCUUUUGUCAUUAUCAACAUUUUUGAGGCCUAAAAUUUCAGAGAAACAGUUCAUUGUUACGAUGCAAGGAGUGAGCAUGAAAAAGAAAGACGGCAAGAUCGUGGUAGCGGUGGAUGAGAGUGAGGAGAGCAUGUACGCACUUUCAUGGUGUCUCACCAACCUAUUUUCUCAAAGUAGCAAUAAUACUCUUGUCCUCCUCUACGUUAAACCUCCGCCUACAGUCUACUCCUCCUUCGAUGCUGCAGGUUAUAUGUUCUCUAAUGACGUGAUCAAGGCCCUGGAAAAACACGGAAGUGAAAUGGUGAAUUCAGUGAUGCAACGGGCUGAAGCUGUGUACAGCAACUUCGGAAGCAGUAUAAACGUGGAGAGAGUGGUUGGAUGUGGAGAAGCCAAGGAUGUGAUAUGUGGUAUAGUGAAGAAACUUAAAGCUGAUAUGUUGAUCAUGGGAAGCCACGGUUAUGGUUUCAUCAAAAGGGUUCUUCUGGGGAGCGUGAGCGAUUACUGUACCAAGCAUGCCAAGUGUCCAGUCGUAAUCGUGAAGCGAAGGGAGGAGGAGUUCUGAAAAUUGUUUGUAUUCGUAAAAUUAUGAUCAAUGGUUCUAGCUUUCCAAAGCACAUGUAUAUGUAUCCUACUGCUUCAAUGGAUAUGAUAUUUGUUUGUUCUA